UGUGAAGGCACAUAUUUGACAGACUACAGCGAGACGAGCUCGCACUCCAGCUCAGCGUUCGGUUCGGCACAGACGCUCUUCGCCUCUCUCAGUCCAGUGUUUGGUGCGACCACCCGUACACUAACGCAGCCAUGGAUGCCAUUAAGAAGAAGAUGCAGAUGCUCAAGCUCGACAAGGAGAAUGCCUUGGACAGAGCAGAGCAGGCUGAGGCCGAUAAGAAAGGAGCAGAGGACAGAAGCAAACAGCUCGAGGAUGACCUGGUCGCCCUGCAGAAGAAGCUGAAGGCAACUGAGGAUGAGUUGGACAAAUACUCCGAGGCCCUGAAGGAUGCUCAGGAAAAACUUGAGCUGGCUGAGAAGAAAGCUACCGAUGCUGAGGGCGAUGUGGCUUCCCUGAACAGACGUAUCCAGCUGGUUGAGGAGGAGUUGGAUCGCGCUCAGGAGCGUCUGGCCACUGCUCUGCAGAAGCUGGAGGAGGCUGAGAAGGCUGCUGAUGAGAGCGAGAGAGGCAUGAAGGUCAUUGAGAACAGGGCACUGAAGGAUGAGGAGAAGAUGGAGCUGCAGGAGAUCCAGUUGAAAGAGGCCAAGCACAUUGCUGAGGAGGCUGACCGCAAGUAUGAGGAGGUGGCCCGUAAGCUGGUGAUUGUUGAGGGUGAGCUGGAGCGUACAGAGGAGCGUGCUGAGCUGAAUGAGGGUAAGUGCUCUGAGCUGGAGGAGGAGUUGAAAACUGUGACCAACAACAUGAAGUCUCUGGAGGCCCAGGCUGAGAAGUACUCCCAGAAGGAGGACAAGUAUGAAGAGGAGAUCAAGGUCCUGACUGACAAGCUGAAAGAGGCUGAGACUCGUGCUGAGUUUGCUGAGAGAUCAGUCGCCAAGCUUGAGAAGACCAUUGAUGAUCUGGAGGACCACCUCUAUCAACAACUCCAGAAAAACCGGGUCCUUUCACAUAAACUCUGUUUAGCACUCAAUGAAUCCUAACCUGGCUGGAGAAUACUGUAAAAGAAAACUAGAGUUUAUGUUCACUACUACAUUCUGUGUAUUGUUUGUGGUGCAUUUUUUUUUUUUUUUUUUUUGAAUGGUAAAUGGUCUCUGCUUUUCUAAGUGUUGUACACGUAAGGAAAAGUUCACAUACAUUACAAAGGUGUAAGUGGCAUAAUACAGUAUAACCCCUGAGAUCUUAAAUUAUAUAUUAUACCAUAGAGAUAUGCUGUGUGCAAGGAGUACAUUCAGCUGUCAAAGCAGCCCUUCUAGAAUUCAGAAAGUAUUGCUGGACAAAACGCCUGUAAAUAUGGAAAUCCACAUUUAACACGUUUAAAUGUGCAAUUUGUAAAAUGCACAAGUGUAAUGCACAACGCUCAGGUAUACAAAUAUGAAUGUUUAAAAAAAAAAAUGUAACUGGCCACACCAGCUAAAUUAUUUAUACACCUGAAUAAUAAUAAUAAUAAUAAUAAUAAUAAUAAUAAAAAUAAAAAUAUUUAAUCUCAAAA